AUGGAUAUCGUCUGGAGUGAUAGAUGUUGGCCAUCGUACAUUGUCCGUGUCAAAUAUCUUCAUGUCAGGCCAUUGUGGAGCAAGCAUUGCGGGGCUCAUGACGAAUUAUGUAUACUUCUGAAACAAACUGCACACCAACGAGCUAGGAAACAGAGGUGGCUCCGCGCUUGCGUCGCUCCCUGGGGGGCGGCUCGGGCGAUAACCAAGCCGCCGCCGCCUCCGCUCCCCUCUCCUCCCUCGCUCCGCCCGCCGCCGCCGGAGGAGGCCGACGGGCAAAGCCCGCUCGGCGGACGGCGGUGGCGGGGCACCCUCGUCGCGCGCCGCGCGUCUUCGUUCCUGGACGAAGGCCUGCAUCCGGCGGCGGUUGCGUCUGGCCAGGCGCAGGCAAGCCGGGGCGGCGGCCCCGGGCUCGGCGGUGGCGCUGUUUCCUCCUCUCCCUCGUCGGGAGAGUGGGGGGCGGCGCUAAGGCUGGCCAUCGUCGAUCUGGUGCGGCGCAUCUGGAUCUCGCGGUGGAGGCUCUCCGGCGGGCUGCGGCGGCGAUUCUUCGGUGUUCGGCGGCCGGCGGUGCGCGCGGGAUGCCUGGGGUCCCCUCCCUCGGCCGGGGGAGCUGCGGUGGUGGCGGCGUGCCACAGCUCUUGGAUGGCGGCGCGGCGGCACCGCGACGGGGGCGGCUGUGGUGCGGUGGCGCUGGUGGCGUGUGGUGGUGCGGCUGUCCGAGGCACGGAUCCGGGCGGGGCUCCUGCGGUUCUGGUGUGGUGGCCGGCGGGGGAGCGGCUCGUGGUGUUCCCAGCUCGCUCGUGCUCCUUCGACGGGUCCCGGCGGCGUCCGGGGCACGGAUCCGGGCGAGGCUGCCCCAGAUCUGAUGCGUGGUGGUCAGCCUCGAGUUCGGUGGGCUGCAGAAGGCGUUGUGGUUUGGCUGCGGCAGCAAGGAGGGAGGAUGGCGGCGUGGCGGCGCCGCUCUUUGGCGGUGGGUGCGGGGCUGCCAUGACGGCGUGUGGUGCCGUGGUGGUUUUGCAGGCCGUGUAAGAGGCGGUUGGCGGUCGAGAGCGGUGUAGAGUGCUUGGCCGCCGUCGGUGGUGAUUGGCUGUGGUGAUGAUGGGUUUGGUGAGCUCCGGGUCAAAGCCUUGCUCGGCCUUGGUCGAUGCCGGCAUCGACGGCGUCCUAGGACGUCGUUUCCUUGUUGGAGGCGCGUCGUGGAGCCCCUUCACCUCCCUCGUCAUCUCAGCCACGGGCUCUUCGGGUGAAAACCCAAACUUCGGCCUUGGCCUUAGUGGGCGUCGGCGGCGUUCCUCGUCGCUUCCCUCUUGGGGGCGACGCCUUUGAAGGUCCGGUCCUUCAUCUGCUGGUGGUGGCUCUGCGGCUUUGCAUCUUCGUCACCGGCUAGGCGAGUGCGCGGCCUCGGGGCCGGCGUGGAAGUCGGAGCGGCGGCUCCGAGAAUCUCCUUCGUGUGGUGGUUGGCUUUGGUCACCAGGGCGACAUGGUCAUCGACUAGGUGGGUUCGCGGCCUCGGGGCCGGAGUGGAAGUCGGUGCGGCGGCGCCGGAGAUCUCGUGUGCGUAGGGUGUUGGCUUUGGCCUCUAGGGCGGCGGAGCCAUCGACUAGGCUGGUGCCUGACCUCGGGGCCGGUGUGGAUGUCCGAGCGGCGGCUCCGGAGCCCAGUGUUCUGUUGUAGGGUGUCGUCUCUGGUCACUUGGGUGACAGUGUCGUCGACUCGAGUGCUGCGCAGCCUCGGGGCUGGCGUGUGCGUGUAUCGUAGAUGUAUCGGUUUUCGGCCGGUUUUCCUUAUAAACUUGUCAAUUCUCUUCUUCUUAAUGAAAAGGCAGAGCUCCUGCCGGUUGCUCGGGAAAAAAAAAUUAUGUAUACUUCUCCGAGCAUCUGGAUGGCCGUCAAGAGGAUCCAGAUCUUAAGUUGGAGAUAUUCGACAUAGGCUCUUUCCUGGAUUCAGCUUAAACCAAAUAUAUGGACACAAGGCGCGUA